CCCGGAAGUUAUGAGAUCCGCCGCUAUGGACCAGCCAAGUGGGUCAGCACUUCCGUUGAGUCUAUGGACUGGGAUUCAGCCAUCCAGACUGGCUUUUCAAAACUGAACAGCUACAUUCAAGGCAAAAAUGAGAAAGAGAUGAAAAUAAAGAUGACGGCUCCAGUGACAAGCUACGUGGAACCCGGUUCAGGUCCUUUUAGUGAGUCUACCAUUACCACUUCCCUGUAUAUCCCCUCUGAUCAGCAAUCUGAUCCGCCCAGGCCUUCAGAGUCAGAUGUCUUCAUUGAAGACCGAGCCGAAAUGACUGUGUUUGUACGGUCUUUCGAUGGAUUCUCUAGUGCCCAAAAGAAUCAAGAACAACUUUUGACAUUAGCAAGCAUUUUGAGGGAAGAAGGAAAAGUUUUCGAUGAAAAGGUUUACUACACUGCAGGCUACAGCAGUCCUUUCAAAUUGCUUAAUAGAAAUAAUGAAGUGUGGUUGAUUCAGAAAAAUCAGCCCUCUGAAGACAAUGAAUAAGAAAAUGGGGAAAAGUUCCAUUGCCAGGGGCAAAACUCCUGUUCAAUACAGACUUCAACACAACCUAUAAAUAAAGUGUGAAUCUAUUCUA